UGAAUGAAAUGAAAUAAAAGCAGAAUAUAAAUGUUCUUUCUCCAUUUUCUGAAUGACACAAAACAGCGAGACCACAAUUCUCCCGAAGUACAGUACCAAUAAUGCAUUUCACUAGGAACUAGUUGCUAAUAUGAUUAAUAUUCAAUCUUGCAUACAGUGGGAAAUUAGGAUAAGAAGCCAAGGACUUGAACUCUAGGUACUGUUAAAUUUUAAAGUGUUUCUUCAUUCACUUGUUAGUUUGCUUUAGGCAAAGUUUUUGUAUUUUGAUUAUUAUUUAAUUUAACUGUACUGCCUUUUGACCAAGAUAACCUUUAAAUUUAGACCUUAUUUCACGGCUUCGUAUUCAUUAAAUUUAGGUAGUUUUACUCUGACCAAAACUAGGUAUUAUUUUAGCAGAUGGGACUAACAUUUGGCCAUCGGAUUGGUUGUAAAAUAACUUAAAGGGCGGGAGAGUCUUUUCCCAUUUGCUGUUGCCAGCUAGAGCAUGCAUACACCUACAGAAAAUAUCAGAUGCCAAGUGCUCAUGUGAUUCUGUGUUCGAUUUCAUUAUCCUUAGCUGAGCGAAAGAGGGAUGUGGUGUUCCUGCUGGAUGGUUCAGAUGGCACUAGGAGCUCUUUCCCUGCUAUGCGCGACUUUGUUGAAAGGAUGGUGGGCAGACUGAAUGUGUCUGAGAACAAAGACCGCGUGUCCGUGGUCCAGUACAGCAGAGAUCCAGAAGCCCAUUUCUAUCUUAAAACAUACUCAAGAAAGGAGGACAUUCUUGACACAGUCAGUAGUCUGAGGCACAAAGGAGGGAGACCCCUCAACACAGGGGCAGCUUUGCAGUACGUGAGGGACAAUAUAUUUGUUGCCACCUCUGGAAGCAGACGUGUAGAAGGUGUGCCACAGUUACUGAUUCUGCUGAGUGGUGGAAGGUCAUUUGAUAAUGUUGAUACACCGGCCUCAUCCCUGAAGGAGCUGGGAGUGCUUAUCUUUGGGAUAGGGUCAAGGAGCUCAGACAGCAGCGAACUCCAGAGGAUCUCCCAUGAGCCUAGUUAUGCACUCUCAGUAAGUGAUUUUGCUGACCUUCCAAGUGUCCAACAGCAGCUGAUUAGCAACAUUGACACAGUAUUUGUAGAGGUCACGUCUACCACUACCACGACGAUAGGUAAGAAAUAAAUAAACAUGCUUCUUCUACUUCCUCACAGCUUUUAAUGUUGUAGUGAGUUGUGCUUUACCUGUAGUUCUAGUUAGUUAGAGAAGGAAAAUGAUUUCUUCCUGAGUCGUAAAUCUUUGCGGGAGGUGAGAUGAUAUCAAAAAACACAGAAAGCACGAUUAAUGGCAAAGCAUCUACUAUGUAAUGCAAUACGCUGUUUUCCCCUAUUCCGUUAUUUUUUUCCUUACAAUGUCCCCCAUCUUACCCGUGACUGUUAUUUCUUAGCUGAGGGCCGUAGGCAGAGGAGAGAUGUUGUCUUCCUGCUGGAUGGAUCGGAUGGCACUAGGAAUGGGUUCCCAGCAAUGAAAGAGUUUGUGCAAAGAAUGGUGGAGAGAUUGGACAUAGAUGAGAACAGAGACCGCGUUUCUGUGGUCCAGUACAGUGGAGACACAGAGGUCCAUUUCUAUCUUAACACGUACACGACAAAGGAAGACAUUCUUGACAGUGUCAGAGGUCUGAGGCACAAAGGAGGCAG